CCUCGACCCCACACAAACGACAUCAAUAUUAUUCGUCAACCCCAACCCCGCAAUCCCCGUCUCACGAUCUCCCUGUUUUCACUUUAAUUUCUUCAUCACUCUAUGUGCGACAAUUCAUCAAACAGAUUGCGCAAACCCAGGAAACAGUGAUUAAGGGGAGUGAAAUCGGAGUUGGGUUUUGCGAAAAUGUCGCUGCGGCCGAACAACAGGGCGGAUGUGCGGAAGAAGGGGUAUAAAAUCGGGGUGGAUGCGGAGGAGGCGCGCCGGAGGAGAGAGGACAACAUGGUUGAGAUCAGGAAGAACAAACGUGAGGACAAUCUUCUCAAGAAGCGCAGAGAGGGACUAUUGAACAACAACUUUCAGCAACUACAGCAACAGUUCCCUCUCGAUCCCUCCCAAUCCCCUGCUGUUGUGGAGAAAAAGCUAGAAAGUAUUCCGUUGAUGGUACAAGGAGUGUGGUCCAAUGAUCCUAGCGCUCAAGUGGAUGCAACUACUCAAUUUAGAAAACUUCUAUCUAUCGAGCGAAGCCCUCCAAUUGAUGAGGUGAUUAAAGCUGGUGUAGUUCCUCGGUUUGUGGAGUUUCUUGGAAGGCAUGAUGUGCCUCAACUGCAAUUCGAAGCCGCAUGGGCUCUGACAAAUGUUGCAUCUGGGACAUCAGAACAUACUCGAAUUGUCAUUGAACAUGGUGCUGUUCCUAAAUUUGUGCAACUUCUUAGUUCUGCCAGUGAUGAUGUCCGUGAACAGGCAGUCUGGGCUUUAGGUAAUGUAGCUGGUGAUUCUCCAAGUUGUAGGGAUCUUGUCCUCGGGCACGGUGCACUUAUGCCAUUGCUGGCUCAGUUGAAUGAUAAUUCAAAGCUCUCCAUGCUCAGAAAUGCUACAUGGACCUUGUCUAAUUUCUGUCGUGGGAAGCCACCAACACCUUUUGAGCAGGUGAAACCUGCAUUGCCAGUUCUUCGGCAACUAAUCCAUUUGAAUGAUGAAGAGGUUUUGACUGAUGCUUGCUGGGCGCUUUCAUAUCUUUCUGAUGGAACAAACGAUAAAAUUCAGGCUGUCGUCGAGGCAGGUGUCUGUAUACGACUUGUGGAGCUUCUGCUAAAGGAUUUACCGAGAAAUUCCAUUCGUGCCUAUUUUUCUAUUCCUGAGAGUAUGCCAUUCUACUCAAAAGAGGGUGGAAACGCGAGGUGUAGUAUACUACGCCGAGAAAGCAACUACUCCCUUUAUGUGCUAAUGACAUGCGCAUCCGGGUCUAUUUGUGUCGUGGUUCAAAAAUAUAUACAAAAGCUCACUAUUUUUGUGAUUCAAAAUGGAGAUAUGCUAUACAUGUGGUCCCAGAUGGACAGGGGCACCAUUCGUAGGUGGGGCGGCCUGUCGUCGAGGGCCACAUUGUAG